CCUCCUCCCCCGUCCUCCCAAAAGCUUCCUCAGACCACUCGCCAUUUCCUCCUCCACCACCGCCACUGCCACUCUCGCUUGCCAAGUUGCCUCCACUUCCCUGGCGGCUCCACAUUUGCCCUAGGCCCCCGCACCCGACACGGCUGGGCGGCAUGAAGAACCUGUGGAAGCAGAGCGGCCAGGUGUGCGUGGACGCCGGCCCCCUCAGCGCGCUCGGCGGCCGCUCGCGGCGGCGCGCGAGGCUGACGGUGUACGGGUUUGCGGUCGCGGUCGCGUUCGCGGCAUUCACCGCGUACGUCGCCUUCACCUCGCCACCCGUCGGCGGGGCAGGGGGAGGGGGCGCCUCGUGGUUCGGCGGCGUGUACGCGUCCACGGCGCCCUACCGCUCACAGAUUUCCAGCUUCUUCUCGUCCAUCCUCCCCGCCAAUUCCUACGCCCCCUCGCCCGAGCCGCCUGCCCGCGCGGCCGGCGGAUCGAGCGGCGGCAGUGGCGAGGUGAGCCAUGAUGUGAGUAGUGGGCAAGUGGGGAGGGCUGCGGGAAGCAAUAGCUCUGCUGCGGCUGGGCCUGUUAAGCAGUUGGGAAGUGGAGGUGGAAUGCCUCCGGCCAGCGAUUUUGCCGGAACUGGCAUUGGCGCCAAGGGCGGAGGCGGAGCUCCGACGAAUAAUUCUGCCACAAGUGGCGGUGCGACGAAUUAUCCAGUGGAUCGGAACAGAGGAAGCGACGGAGGCGUUUCCAGUAGUCAGGCGAGAGGCGUUUCAAGUAGUCAGGCGGGAGGCGCCGGUGGCUCCCCAGCCAGUAGUUCUGCCGGAGAAGGAACCGCGGCGAAAGCUGGCGAGAAGAGUGUAGAUAUGUCUAAUAAGCAGUCGGGAAGUGAAAGUGGAGCCCCGAGCUACGGUAUCACUGAACAUGGCAGCACGGCGAAAGCCGGAGCCAAAGUUGGAGCUGAAGCCCGCAGCAGUACAUCUGCCUUGAGUGGCAGCUUGAUGAAGACGGAUUUGAGCACCGGAUCUUCUAGUAACCAGUCAGGAAGUGGAAGUGGAAGUGGAAGUGCGGUUCCAAGCAGUGGUUCCGCUGCUGGAAAUAGCACCACGGCGAAGGCCGAUGUAAAAGGUGUUGUUGGUGCCGCGAGCAAUAGUUCUGCUGGAAGUGGCACAGAUGCGAAGGCUGAUUUGAAUAAAGGUUCAGAUUCUCAGACAGGGAGUGGAAGUGGAGACGCAGGCCGUAAGUCAGCCGGAAAUUCGAGCCCGGCAAAGAGCAAUGCCGGAGACGGCGGAGUUGAGCGCAAUAAUGGCAGUGUGAGUGUGCUUCCAACUAUUAAUCAAGCUGGGAGUCUGGCAAUGGCAGGGGAGAAAGAGGGUGGAUCUCCAAGCAAGAACCACACCCUUGUAGCAUCUCCAACUGUGAAUAACCAGGAACAGACUACUAGUGGAGUUGCUUCUGGUGGAAGUGGUGAUACAGCGAAUAAGCAGAACGGAGCAACUCCCCAGGGUAGUGCUGGUUCAUCAAAGGACCAUUCCGCCCAAACAAUCGCCUCAAAAUCAGGACACAAUAGUAAGGGGAACGAGUCAUCAACAAAACAAGACGGUGGUUCUAGUGGAAAUAAGAAGGUUGAUUGGUUCAAGGAGAUGGCCAGUUGUGACAUGUUCCAUGGGAGUUGGGUUAGGGAUGACUCGUACCCUCUAUUCCCGGAGGGAUCGUGUCCUCAUAUCGACGAGCCCUUUGACUGCUAUCUCAACGGCCGGCGAGAUCUAGCUUACCAGAAGCUCCGUUGGCAACCCAGUGGAUGCAUCAUCCCAAGAUUGAACCCGACCGAUAUGUUGGAGAGGCUGAGAGGAAAAAGACUUGUUUUUGUUGGUGAUUCACUCAAUAGGAACAUGUGGGAAUCCCUUGUGUGUAUCUUGAGGAAUUCUGUCAAGGACAAGAGGAAGGUUUUUGAGGCAUCUGGCCGGCACGAGUUUAAGACCGAGGGGUCAUACUCUUUCCUAUUCACGGACUAUAACUGCAGUGUGGAGUUUUUCCGAUCCCCUUUUCUAGUCCAGGAAUGGGAGAUGCAAGUAAGCAAUGGAAAGAAAAAGGAAACUCUUAGGCUUGACUUGGUCGAGCAAUCUUCACCAAAGUACAAGGAUGCAGACUUUCUUAUUUUCAAUACUGGGCAUUGGUGGACACAUGAGAAAACUGCUCUUGGGAAAGACUACUAUCAGGAAGGUAAUCAUAUAUAUAGUGAGCUAAAUGUCGUGGAUGCAUUUCAUAAAGCUCUUGACACUUGGUCCAAAUGGAUUGAUGCCAAUGUCAACCCCAGAAAAACCACUGUAUUAUUCAGAGGCUACUCAGCAUCUCAUUUUAGUGGAGGCCAAUGGAAUUCAGGCGGGAGCUGCGAUAAGGAGAGCGAACCAAUAACAAGUGAACAGUACCUUUCGACCUACCCACCAAAGAUGAGCAUUUUAGAGGAUGUGAUCCAUAAGAUGAAAACUCCAGUUGUUUAUUUGAACAUAACGAGAAUGACUGACUAUAGAAAGGAUGCACACCCUUCCAUCUUUCGCAAGCAGAACCUUACUGACGAGGAGAGGAGAUCGCCUGAGAAAUAUCAAGACUGCAGCCACUGGUGCCUUCCUGGAGUACCAGAUUCCUGGAAUGAGCUACUUUAUGCUCAACUUUUGAUCAAACAGCACCAAAUGCUCCAACAAUAAAGGCAAGCACGGUUUUUUGCUGGGUGCUUGUAUAUGAAUUGUUGUUGUCUAGGAUAAUAGUCAACACGGUGAUCAAGUAAGGUUGUCCAGUUAAAGAAUAGUAUAGGUGUGAUUACCUAGGAUUGUUUGUAAUCCAUAUAGAGAGUAAACUUGUCUAGUUAGUAGAAUCUCUCAAUACCCACACACAUUCUUCAGUAGAGACUUCUGGGACAUCGUAUUGUGAAGUUCAUAUCUUGUGCUAAUCAGAAAUAAAGAAUAGUAUAGGUGUGAUGAUAUA